UGGAUGGAACGCGAACAUGUCACAUGUUUAUUUCAUUCAAGAUGGCUGCCACGAAACAAGAAAGCAGUCGACUUGAAUCAAGUUCAAACCUGUAUCCUAUGGCCCUGUUAUCUUGAUAUCGUCCAGUUAUCUCUCUAGCAAAGCGGACUUUUAACAGUCACCGUCUCCCUGCGAAUUGGCUUGGAUUUGAUGAUUUUCAAGCAUUGAAAUGGCACAUUAUGUUCCAAUUAGCGAAACCGGCGGUGUCGUGCUGUCACCUACAGCAUGGCAACAGUUUACAGACUUUGCGAACGUAUUGAAGGCAUUUAUAGGCACAAGCUACCUGGCUUUGCCAUUUGCAUUCAAGCAAAGCGGAUUAGCUCUUGGAAUUGUGGCGCUUGUUCUCAUAGCUACUAUAACCGAUCACUGCUGCCAGAUGAUCAUCAAAUGCAAAAAGGUUGCUGUCACGAUGAUUCUAGACUCCUCACAUCAGUACCGCCAACUAAAAGCUGAUCACUGCCACGAAGAGAUGCAGAAAAUCAGGAUGGCCGUCGAAAUGGAAAUGACCCUUGGAGACAUUGGCAAAAUCACAAUUGGCGAUUGGGGCUUGCGAAUUGUCAAUGUCGCUCUCGUACUGACGCAAACAGGAUUUUGUGUGGCCUACUUUAUUUUCAUGGGAAAUACAAUUAAAUCGAUGUUCCCAUACGAAUUUCCGAGCCAAAAUAUCACAAAGAAUGCCUCCGUGCAACAUUUGCCUAAACUAAGCAACUUUCCAGUACCUAUAAGCGAUGAGUCGGUGAAGACAAUAACGCUGAAUGGAACAUUACUCAUGGAUGCAACUCACGGCCAAAGAUCAGCUCCCAUGUUUCCUCUAUUGCUCUUGAUUCCUCUGCCAUUCGUAGUCGCUAUGGCUUUCAUACGCAAGAUUCGUAAACUUGGACCAAUAAGUGGGCUAGCCAACAUUGCUCUACUGGCAGGUUUCUUUGGGCUUCUAGUUCAAAUACUAGAUGGUCUCCACUUCAAGCUGAAUGACGUCACUCUUGCCAACUGGAUCACUUUCCCGAUCUUCUUUGGACAGCUAACUUGUGCCUAUGAGGGGAUUGGAUGCAUUAUCCCUAUCGAGUCUGGCAUGGGAUCUAACCGUCCUCGCUUCCCUCUCUACCUACACCUCACCCUUGCUCAGCUCUCGGUUCUCCUGGGGUCCUUUGGUGUUUUGGGAUUUCUUAUAUACGGCAACGACGUUCCACAGAUCGUCACAGACAAACUAACUACUGGUUUAUUCGCUCAACUCGUCCGCGUCACUCUCAUUAUCGCUGUACUCUUCACAUACCCUUUACAACUUUUCCCUGUUAUUCAAAUCGCCGAAAGUCUUGUGUUUGAAAAAAUCAGAAGAAAACACAAGUCUCAUUUGUCCGACAUUGUGUCCUGCCCGGCCGAUGCUAUCGGACGCCAGGAAGUAACGAAUUACCAGACAAUCGAUAGUACAACCAGCCAUGGCGAGUCUGGCGUUAGCGUCCAUGCAAGGUCAAAGGAGGCCAACGAACACGAACUACAGUUUAAGACAGCAGCAUGGAAACGUAAUUUUCUUCGCUUUUUUCUUGUGCUGAUAACCGCUGGCAUGGCAGUUUUACUAAAGGACGACUUCGCCUAUGUGAACGCUCUGAUUGGCUCGCUUGGGAGCUCCGUUCUCGCCUACAUUCUCCCGUGUGUUUUCCAUUUGGUUUUGUUCAAAGACAGCAACUCUGGACCUAUAGUGAUCAAGGAUAUUGCACUUAUUAUUUUUGGUGUUGUUGGGGGAAUAAUGGGAGUUGUAAUUACAGUUCAAAGUAUUAUCAAGGAUUUCUCUCAACGAUUAUGAUCCAUUAAGGAGAAUGGGCGAUACCAUGACAUCUGGUGUCACAUGCAGUAUUGGGUGACAAUAUUCAAUCAUUGUUGUUCCAGAAAAUAUCCAUACCCCCCCCCCCCCCCCCCCAUUGAGGGGAUUGGAAAUUCCGGGGGGGUGGUUAGUUCAAACGCCCAGGAGUUUCUCAGAGGGGAGGGGGAGUAAAAUGCCCUUUUUCCUUAACAGUUACUGUAUUUAUUUUUUUGCAGGGGUUGGAAAUUCCAGAGGGGUGGGGGGGUCAUACCUCCGACCCCCUCAAUGGAGGGGGGGGAGGGAUAUUUUCUGGAACUACACAUUCCCCAACUGUACCCGAGUCACUCAAGAACUCUUUUGUUACGACGAAGGGCCGACGCUCGAAUUGUCAACAUAACUACUCUGUUUCACAGAGGCGUGCAACAUACUUGUUGGGCCUGGUGUGGAUUUAUAGCUUGCCACUCAAGGACGAGUGAUUCCCAAGCUGUAAAAAAUAAGUGAAAACAAUGUUGUCUGUUUUUUUAUGCAAGCAUAAAAUAUUUGCACAAUAACGACAACUAUUUUAUGGAAAAAAAGUUGUAAGGACAUUGCUCUUACUGGAACAAGAAAACAAUUAUAAUAUUUCAUUUUUAUUUCUAUUUAUUUGUCAUAAAAUCAAUUCUAAAACUCA